AUGUUUGCGACCAAAGCUCUUAGGCAGGCCUCUGCAGCUGCUGAACGCACGCCCUUGAUCAAAUUCAUAGGCAAACGCUCGAUUCCUUCAUCCGUCGACCACACCCCACACGCCCACCCAGCCUCCCCUUCCCACGAACUCCCCGCCGACUUCUCCAAAAACUCCUCCCCCUCCUUCUCCUCCUACAGACAAAAGGCACAGCAACACGGCCCCCUCGGCCGAUCAAGCUCUAGCGAAGGCAGCAUUGGCGCUCAGUCUGGACACUCGCUUGGGUCCGUGGCUCCGGCCAAGGGCGAGUUUUUCGACCGCAGCGAGCUGCCUGCUCGGUUCCGCCGGACUCCCAUUGAUCUGAGCGAGAUUGAUGCUAUUGAGACUGGGGGUGCCACUCUGGUUUGCUAG